AACACACUUCAGUGUGGAAAAUUGGUGGAGUUACCCUUUAAAUGAAUUCCUUCAUCUGGUGAGGCUUAUGAGAUGAAAUAGAAAUAAUAAAAUAUGUUUGUGUGUGUGUGUGAAUAUGAACCAACAGACACACAACUGUUAACUCAAGAAGUGUGACCUCUGUCAACAGCAGCCUGUACAAAAGAGAGCCUUCUGGUCAUCUGACCAACAACAGCAGGAGGAUAAGAGCACACCCUGCUGUCAGUUACAGGUUCUAACAUCUAAUCUCUUCCUGAACCACAGAACUGUCUGUGAAUGGCACCUCAGGCCUCCUUCCUUUGCUUACUCUUACAUUUACAUUUAGGGGCAUUUAGCAGACUCUUUUGUCCAAAGCGCCUUACAGUAAUUCAUACAUUCACACACUGACGGUGGUGGCUGCCAUGCAAAUUCACACACACACACCCUCUGUGUGUUUGCUUAGGGUCACCAUUUAAUUAAGCUUAGGCUGAGUUUACUGGUGUUCUUAUUGUAAGUCCCACAUGAUGAGAACAUAAGAUAAGAUCCUUGGCUUAUCCUCCAAGACGAAUAGAGACUAAUACAGUUUUUAUUCAGAUAUUGAAAGGUUCUAAUCAUAAUAUUGACUGAGAUCUCACCUUUUUCAAAAUUUACAUUUGACAUCCAAACAUCUGAUGAAAUACAGAGUGAAAAAACCUGGAAAAUGCAGCAUGUUGAUCUACCUUUCUAAUCUUAUCACUUUAAAAAAUCUUUCCGUCCAGUGAGAGAACAUUUAAAUAUACCGGUAUAUGGCUGGCCCAUUUCAGCCUCAGGCUGACCUAUAAACCGUCAACUAGCACUGUUUGGCUUCCUGGUGUAACUCCUCCCAUGUCUUCUCCCCAGGUAUUGUUCUCUGAUUGGGUGUCACUCUGAAACCUGAAGUGCUCCAGCAGGUCUGACUAAAAACACGGCUGUAUUGUCAAGGAAAAGGCCACAGCUCUCUGACAGAAACACUGAAAUGGAUAACUGGAGAAAACCAUCAACAAUCUCUUACAAGCGGUGGAGAAAUCCUGAACUGAGGGAUGAGGCAAACUUUUCUGCUCAGAAUGAUGAGAUCCAGGGCACAGACAAUGAGAUCUGCACUAUAGCCUCACCAAGAAUCUACUCAAGGACAAACAAGUCUGGUUCCAGACCUGGAUUUGAUCAAACUGAAGAGACAUUUACAGUAGAAGAUGCUCUGGAAGCCAUCGGAUAUGGAAAAUUCCAGUGGAAACUCUCUCUCCUCACCGGACUGUCAUGGAUAGGAGACGCCAUGGAGAUGAUGAUCCUCAGCAUCCUGAGCCCCCAGCUGCACUGUGAGUGGAGGCUGCCCAGCUAUCAAGUGGCUAUGAUAACAGCGGUGGUGUUCGUCGGAAUGUGUUUCGGUUCGCCUACAUGGGGGAACAUGGCUGACAACUAUGGCAGAAAACUGGGUCUGACAUUUUGUAUGUGCUGGACUCUGUACUUCGGCUUGCUGAGCGCCUUUGCUCCGGUGUAUGGCUGGCUCUUGUUCCUUCGGGGCCUUGUAGGCUUCGGCAUCAGUGGAGCUCCUCAGGCAGUGACAAUGUACUCCGAAUUCCUCCCAGUGAAGGCAAGAGGCACGUGCAUCAUGCUGAUUGGGGCGUUCUGGGCAAUCGGUGCUGUGUCCGAGGUCCUGCUGGCACUAUGGAUCAUGCCCACUCUCGGCUGGAGGUGGCUGCUCGGCCUAUCCACAAUACCUAUGGCAAUAUUUCUUUGCUUCUGCUUUUGGCUGCCAGAAAGUCCUCGCUUCGACAGGCUGAUGGGAAAAACAGAGAAGGCCAUGGCAACUUUAACACGCAUCGCCAAAGAGAAUGGCAAAGAGUUGCCUAAAGGGAAGAUGGCCGCCUGUAAAAAGAAUGACCGUGGGCGCCUCAAAGAUCUCUUCUCUCCUCAGUAUUGGCGGACUACUCUUCUGCUGUGUUUUAUAUGGUUUGUCAAUGCCUUCUCCUAUUAUGGGAUCGUCCUGUUGACAACUGAGCUGUUCCAAUCUAAAGAUUUAUGUGAGACAACCCAAGGGGCCAAGAUUGAACCGAACUGUAGUGUCGAAUGCAAAUAUUUAACCUCAGCUGACUACAAAGACCUUUUAUGGACAACCUUGGCUGAAUUCCCAGGUCUCUUAGUCAUCUUUCUGUUAGUUGACCGUAUUGGCAGGAAGAAGAGCCUGGCCGUGUGUUUCUUCAUGUUUUCUUUGUGCUGUCUGCCCUUAUAUGCUUGUAUCGGGAGGUUAGCUCUUACAAUCUUCAUCUUUAUUGCCCGAGCCUUCAUCUCUGGAGGGUACCAAGUUGUUUUUGUUUACACACCGGAGGUGUUCCCUACAGGAAACCGAGCCUUAGCCAUGGGGACUUGCAGUGCGAUGGCGCGGGUGGGUUCCCUGAUUACCCCCUUUGUUGCACAGGUGUUGCUCAGGUCAUCAGUGUACUUGACCCUGUCAAUCUACCUUUGCUGUUCUCUGCUCGCCGGCAUCGCAUCCUUGAUUCUGCCCAUCGAGACAUUGGGCAGGGGUCUGCAGGAGUCCAGUCUUGACCAGGAGGCCGGAGGGCAAACAACCACCACUAUCCCCCGGUCGUACGGCACAGCAAGCUGCUAGCACCAAGAUCAACCAGGAGGACCGACAAAAACAGAAAAGAGAGGAUAUUUUGUCAACACCUUGGUUGCCGGUUUUACUGUGGACUGAAUCCUCUGAGCGAUGAUGGGUGAAGAACAACAGGAGACAAUCUCAUUACAGGCGGGGAGUGAUAAUUGAGGCUAGGCCUACUUCCCAUGUCUAAUGAGAGCGGUCGCGCACUUGUGCUCAGCCCGGAUUGUUUACUCACUCUUCCAUCAAGGCCGUGAGAAGCAACAGUGAGCAUUUUUGAUGACGAUCCACUCCGCAGGCUCUGUUUUGAACAACCUAUUUUACACCUCGACCUCAACAGAGACACUAAUUUUAUACAGUUUGGACAAAUAUGACUUAUUGUAUUUAUUUAUGUAUGUAUCCACUUUGCCUUUUGUUUAAAUUAAUGUUGAGUUAAAUCAUUUUUUGGUUCCAUUUUUGUGUUUCGUUCACAGCUUAAUAAAUAAUAAAGGUCCAGACAGAAUUCUAAAAAGCUGUCUUCCUUGUCUUAACAGUACAAUAAAUUGAAUACUGUUCUAUUACACAUUUUCAGAAAAUAUAUAUUUGUGGACCAAACAAUACACUGAUAUGUGGGAAAAAAGCAUGGAAUACAAGCAUUCUUCUCAAAU